GGACUCGGGACGCUGGGCAGGCGGGCGGCGGGCGGCGGGCUGGCGCUCUGGGAGGCGCCUGCGGCGGCUGUGCUCCCGCGCCCGGGCUGCGGCGCUCCGUCCCGACCGCUGGCUCGAGCCCCUCGCCCCUAGCCGCCCGGCCUCGCCCCGCCCCAACCCCCCGGAGGAGCCCGCCGAGCCCGCGCCGCCCCAGCCCGCGCCGCCGGGCCAUGGAGCGGGGCCAGUGAGGGCGGGGGGCCCGGAGGAGGGCGGCCGCGGAGGAGGGCGCGGGGGGCGGAGGAUGCCGCCGCCUCUGCCGCCGCCCGCCAGCCCCGGGCGAGCCUGACUGCACGGCCGAGGAUGGAGCCGGCGCGGGGCGCCGCAGUGGCUCCCGGGGCGCCCCCGACCAGGUAGCUGCAGUCUCUCCACUGUGGCUGGAGGAAGAGCCUCCCUCCUUGGUGCUCCCGUGCCCUGGGUCUCUGCCUGGGGCCUUUCUCCAUUCUGCUGAAGCUACCUUUCCCAUCUAGGGGUCCAGUUGCUGGCCACAGGACUGUUGCACAGGCUCAGCCCGGAGACCUGGUGACUCGGUGCAGCCCUCUCUGGUGAGUGCUGGACGCCUCUCCGCAUUGGCUCUGGGAGCACCUCCAGCCUUCUGGGGAGCCUGGGAGCCGAAGAGACUUCCAGAUGCCCAGACCCCUGCAUGGUGGAGAAGCAGCCCCAUGAAGGUGCCCAGCCAUGCAAUGUUCCUGGAAGGCUGUCCUCCUCCUCGCCCUGGCCUCCAUCGCCAUCCAGUACACGGCCAUCCGCACCUUCACGGCCAAGUCCUUCCACGCCUGCCCCGGGCUGGCCGAGGCGGGGCUGGCCGAGCGGCUGUGCGACGAGGGCCCCACCUUCGCCUAUAACCUGUCGCGCAAGACCCACAUCCUCAUCCUGGCCACCACCCGCAGCGGCUCGUCGUUCGUGGGCCAGCUCUUCAACCAGCACCAGGACGUCUUCUACCUGUUCGAGCCCCUGUACCACGUGCAGAACACGCUCAUCCCGCGCUUCACGCAGGGCAAGAGCCCGGCCGACCGGCGGGUCAUGCUGGGCGCCAGCCGCGACCUGCUGCGCAGCCUGUACGACUGCGACCUCUACUUCCUGGAGAACUACAUCAGGCCGCCGCCCAUCAACCACACCACCGACCGCGUCUUCCGCCGCGGGGCCAGCCGCGUGCUGUGCUCCCGCCCCGUGUGCCAGGCCCCGGGCGCGGCCGACCUGGUGCUGGAGGAGGGCGACUGCGUGCGCAAGUGCGGCCAUCUGAACCUGACCGUGGCCGCCGCGGCCUGCCGCGAGCGCAGUCACGUGGCCAUCAAGACGGUGCGCGUGCCCGAGGUCAACGACCUGCGCGCGCUGGUGGAGGACCCGCGCCUCAACCUCAAGGUCAUCCAGCUGGUGCGCGACCCGCGCGGCAUCCUGGCGUCGCGCAGCGAGACCUUCCGCGACACCUACCGCCUGUGGCGCCUGUGGUACGGCACGGGCCGGAAGCCCUACAACCUGGACGUGACGCAGCUGACCACCGUGUGCGAGGACUUCUCCAACUCCGUGGCCACCGGCCUGACGCGGCCCGCGUGGCUCAAGGGCAAGUACAUGCUGGUGCGCUACGAGGACCUGGCGCGCAACCCCAUGAAGAAGACCGAGGAGAUGUACGGCUUCCUGGGCAUCCCCCUGGACGCGCAGGUGGCGCGCUGGAUCCAGAACAACACGCGGGGCGACCCGGCCCUGGGCAAGCACAAGUACGGCACGGUGCGCAACUCGGCCGCCACCGCCGAGAAGUGGCGCUUCCGCCUGUCGUACGACAUCGUGGCCUUCGCGCAGAACGCCUGCCAGCGGGUGCUGGCGCAGCUGGGCUACCGGAUGGCCGCGUCGGAGGAGGAGCUCAAGAACCCCGCCGUCAGCCUGGUGGAGGAGCGGGACUUCUCCCCCUUCUCGUGACCCUGCGCCGCCCCGGCCGGCCGGCAGGGGGCGCCCUCCCGGCUGGGCGAACACGGAGCGUCUCUAACUGUUGUUGCCUUACUCCCCCUCCCCACUCCGGUGCGCGCCCCUGCGCUGUGGCUGCGGCUGCGGCUGCGGCUGGUGUCCUUCCUGCCGCCCGCCCAGGUCCCCGCGGGCCUCUUUCUUUUGUCUUUGAAAUUUGCACUAAGUCUUGGACGGGAAUGCUUGGGGCAGAAGGGGAACACAGGGGUGUCGGGCUCACGUGGAAGGGGACAAUGUUUACAAGCACCACCCUCACACCGCCCGAGAGCCGCCCACCCCCCAGCCACACGCCUGGCUCCCAAGGCUUUCAGCCGCCGCGGUCAGGGGCUGGGCUUUCUUGCACUUUUUCUGCAAGGCGAGUGAGUGGUUGCAAACAUACACGGCCACCUGGCUCUCAUCCACGAGUGGUGUUGACCCCUUCCCUCGCCCCACCCCCGGCCCCCCACUGCCCCCUCCUCCCCACCCCUGCCUGUCGGUCAGCAGGUUUUUACUGUGAGGUGAAUGUGGAUCUUUAUUUUCUUCCAGUCUGUGGUGAUGCUGUCUGUCUGUCUGUCUGUCUGAGUCUUGUGGCUGCCCUGGGACCGGUGAUGGCUGAUGGAUCUUAUGGGGUUCUGACUGAUCCCUGGAGUCCAUCUGUGAUAUUUCUUUGUGCCAAAAAUAAUAAUGAUAAUAGAAAAGAAAAAAAAAAGAGUGGAUCAGUUUGCUAAAUGAACAUGAAAUGCUUUAUGUGUUUUCUGUAAAUAAAAGAGAAUCAUAACA